AGAAAGAAGCCUCUCCUUUUCCAGCAGAGCCUUUCCCCCAUUCCUCCCUCCCCACAACCGCCGCCGCCCAUCACGCGCAGAAACCACGCUCCAAGGCACCAAAACCCACCGAUCCCCCAUGGAGAACGGCGACGAAACCCUCGCCGCCCCCGCCGCCUCUGAGGUCGAGAAGGCCGCGCCCAACGGAGGCGUUGCGGGCGAGGAGGUCACCGUCGCCGACGCCGUCCACCCCGCCAAGUCCUACGCCGCCGUCGCCGCCAACGCCGAGAUCGAGGACCUCCGCGCCACCAAGCUCGACCUCGAGGAACAGCUCGCCAGCGCCGGACAGGAGAACAAGACCCUCGCCGCGGAGGCCCACCGCCUCGAAGGGCUCUUCUCCCAGGCCCGGGACGACGUCGCCACCGCCGAGCACGCCGCCGCCACCACCGAAGAGGAGGCAGCCUCGCUCCGCGCCGAGGUCGAGCGCCUCCAGGCCCUCCUCGACCGCAAGAAGGCCGACCGUGAGGCGGACGAGCGCCAACGCCAGGAGCUCACGGCCGAGGUCGAGACCGUUCGCCAGGCGAAGCUCAAGCUCGAGAAGGAGCUCGAUGCCCUGAAGGCUUCCGCCGCUGCUACCACCGUGGAGGACAGGGAGGCUGCUCCGGACGCUGGGGUCCCCAAGGAGGAGUGCAUCGCCUGGAAGGGGAUUGCAGCAGGGGCGGCCGGUGGUGCUGCCAUCACGGCCGCCGUCGUUCUGAUCUACCUCCGCCUCAAGAGGUAAUCUGGUGCUUUGAUCCGCAGGAAGUUUUGCUCUGCUGCCACAGCUUAUGGAAGAUUUGACGAGUGUCAUGGUGUUGCUGUUAGUACCCAACUGAGAGUAAUAUGUCUUCUAUCAGUUAGUUGCUUAAUAGACUACAAAAACUUAGGGUAUCUGGAGAAUGGUUACGUUUCAUCGCUGUUUUUCCUUAAUCAUCCACGGGCUUUUGGUGGUGACAGUGAAUGUGUACACACUUUGUCAACCGAGCAAGGCUGUAUGCUUGGUUAUGUUAUCGUUAUGGUUGCUGGCUUACUGCUACGGUUCUGCACUUAAUUUCUGUUUCUGAUAUAUCAAUUCGUCGUUAUUGA